CAUGCAUGCAUAUGAACAGAUACUGGAAAGGUAUGUGCAUGUGGGGAGGGCGACAUUAUUCUACAUCACAUCACACGGCGUUACAUGGCGUCUUUUCCAGCGACGCUCUUGCUCGCACUCUCCGUUUCUGACCCAUAGGAUCGAACGUGUUUUUUUUCUUUUCUUGCACGCGCUGAUUAGAGUCUGUCAUCAUUGCGGACACAUUGCAAUAUGCAGUGAUGCACUGACGCGAAGGCUAUGGGUUCAGGUGCAUCGUAUCCAAAUAUUGCCUUCAUCGGAGAUUUUUCAGCACCAUUCCGACAUGCGAAGCGCGUGGGAUGUAAAUAAAAGAAGCGCAUGAUGUGGCUUUGCCUCGAGGAUGAUUGCUGAUGGAAAGACCUAUGGUUUUAAGACUGACAUUCUUCUGGUAGUAAAAAGAAGAGCCUGGAACAUAACAACAUAAUCAUUUUACCUACUGGAUAUCAGCAAAUCUGUCAGGCCAGAGCAUGCCAUCUACACCGACUUACAGAAUCCUACGACCCCUCUUGCUUGGUAUCUUUUUAUUGGGAUGCUUUGUGACCCUGUUUUUAAUGUACAUUAAACCAUCCACGAGCUGGCUGUCAGGCCCCGUCGAGUCGGAAACAUCCACGGCCCGAGUCAAAAGCCUCCUUUCCAGCAGAAGUGACCAGAACCAGACCACCAUCCUGGUCUGGCUUUGGCCUUUUGGAGAAACCUACGACCUGAACGUCUGCAGCUCUUUGUUCAGCAUCGAUGGAUGCUUCAUCACCGCCGACCGCAACCUUUACAACAAAUCCGACGCCGUCGUCAUACAUCACAGGGACAUCACCAGCGACCUCUCCAACAUGCCGCCGGCGUAUCGGCCCACGUUGCAGAGAUGGAUUUGGAUGAACUUCGAGUCACCGUCACAUUCGUCUCAGUUGCCUGGAAUUGAAAACUUGUUCAAUAUAACUCUAAACUAUCGGCAGGAUGCCGAUAUAGAAGUGCCUUACGGAUCGAUUGUCGCUGCCCAAGGAGAGGAGGACUUUGUGCCGCCAAGCAAGAACAAGCUCAUUUGCUGGAUCGUCAGCAAUUGGAACCCAGAUCACGUCAGGGUGAAAUACUACAACGAAUUGUACAAGCACAUCGAGGUUCAUGCAUACGGACAGGCUUUCGGCGAGUACAUUUCCGACCAGGACUAUUUCCCCACAAUUGCCAGCUGUAAAUUUUAUUUGGCGUUCGAGAACUCCAUUCACAAAGACUACAUCACUGAGAAAUUGUACAACCCACUUUCAGUCGGCACCGUACCCGUGGUGCUCGGGCCACCUAGGGAGAACUAUCAGAACUUCGUGCAGGGAAACGCUUUCAUCCACGUCGACGACUUUCCGUCUCCGAAGGAGCUGGCUGAUUACCUCCUGUUUCUUGACAAAAACGAGGAGCUUUACCUCAAGUACUUUGACUGGCGUAAACACUUUAAGGUGAAGAAGGCAUACUUCUGGGCCGAGCACACGUGUCUGGCCUGCGAUUACGUCAGAAGGCACAAUGAGUACAAGGCAAUUAACAAUCUUGACAAAUGGUAUUGGGGUUAAUCCGCACCUAAACCACUGGACCAGCUUAAUGAAAGUUGCUUGACAAUAAGAGCUUCAUCAUGUAACUUCAUUCAAAUGAGGGUCUGUCUGUUGUGAGCAAUUACAGACUUUUAUUUUUGUAAAAUCUCCCAAAGUAGUUGUACAUUUACUUCGUGUUCAGUUUCACGUGUCUCUUAACCUGGAUGCAAAUCAUGCAUUUUUAGAGUUGAAUGAGUACAUAUUUAUUAGGAGAGCAGAUUUUGACCAAAAUUCACAAAAUACAUUUGAAUGGAUAGUUCGCCUAAAAUGAUGGAAAUUACUAUUUAUUUGAAAAGAAACAUAUUUAUUAUUGAACAAAUGCACAAAAUCCAUUUAAAUGUCACCUACUUGUCUUGUAUGACUUUCUCUCUUCACAAAAGAAGAUAUUACCUAAGUGAUAUUUGUAUGCAAAUUGUGCAUUUUAGAGUUUAAUAAAUCAGCUAAUGUUGACCAAAAUGCACUUAAAGGGAUAGUUCACUCAAUCAUGAUGCAAAUCGUGCAUUUCAGAGUUGAAUAGUUACUUAUUUAUAUGAAAAGGAACAUUUAUGUUGACCAAAAUGCACAAAAUCCAUUUAAAUGCCAUCAUUUAAUCAACCUAUUGUUGUUGUAUGACUUUCUUUUUAAUGUGGAACACAUAAGGAGAUAUUUUGUUCAGUGUUUUUGCCCAUGCAUUUGAAAGUCAGUGGGGUCCAAAACAUCACACACUAAAGUUAUUUUUCCAAAGUGUCUUCUUUCGUGUUGAUGAGAGAAAUUUCAUUUUCAAGUGAACUAUCCCUUUAAAUCUUCGCUGUUUUCAUACAUGACAUCAAAUCAGAAAUCUGUUUAUUUAAUGAGAGCGGUGCACUUUCUGAAAUUGAGAUUUUUAUGCUUCUUUUAUAUCAUUGGUUAUUGUGUAAAUGUUAGUGCUAGAGACAUCUAUGCAGUGUUUACAGAACUUAUGUUGUGCAAAAUGUCUAUGUACUGUAAAUGUAAUGUGUAGGCUAUAGUAUGUGUUUUAACUUAAGACAACCUGCCUUUUAUUUGUUUUGCGCACUCAUAUUUUACAUGCUAUGUUGGACACCAUAGUGACCAUCAUGCACUUGCUACUGAAAAACAAACAUGCCAGGAGUGCGUUAUUGCUGAUUAUGUCUUGCUGUACUGAAUAACUGCUGAUAAUAUCACUGUUAAGUAGCU